UUUUGUGUGAUUCGCGUUUUUUUAAUUUUCUUUUUUGAAUUUUCUUUUUAAAUUUACCAAAUUUAAAAAACCAGAACAAAUGUCUUCUUUUAAUCCAAUGCGAAGAAAAUUGUACGAAAAGAUUUUGAAUGAAUUCUUUAACGGUAGUGAUAAGAAGUUGAUGGAUGUCGAGGAAUCAAAGGAUUCGGGUUUUAUAUCAGCAGAAAUCGAAUUAUCGGGUGAAAUACCAUCAGACGAGGAACCUUGUGAACAGGAACGUUCGUCCAAAAAUUUUUCUUCCCAUAAUAUAGACAAUAAUAGCUCCUCGAUGAGGUGUGAUAGUGGUAUUGCCCUUGUAUCAGGCCAAUUAUCGGAUUUGCGCCUGGGAAGUGAUGGUAAAAAAUUAAAUAAUCUUAGUGGUACCACAUCUAGUGAUGAAUGGAAAUCGUCGUCUCAGAAACAGGAACAAACAUAUCUGUCAGAUCCCUUAGAAGAAGUAUCAAAAUCACCUUCAUGGGAAUAUUACUUUCAUCAAGAUGAAGAUGGCGAUACACCGUUACAUAUAGGCAUAAUUCAUGGUUUCACUGAAGCAGUUCAUUCACUAGUACGUUUAGCACCUUAUCCACAAUUAUUAGAUGUACGAAAUGAUACCUGUCAAUCACCAUUACAUUUAGCGGUAUUGACUGGUCAAUCAGUUAUUGUUAGAUUAUUAGUGGUAGCUGGUGCAAAACAAAGUGUACGCGAUCGAUAUGGUGAAACAGCUUUACAUUUAGCAUGUCAGAAAGGUGACUUGUAUUGUGUGCGAGCUUUAACUGCACCAAUCAAUGUUGAUGAAGUCAAACGAUUAGCACUUCAAUAUAAAAAUGUCAUUCAUGAGCCUAUCAACUAUGAACAAUGGAAUUAUGAAGGUGAAACGUGUAUACAUGUAGCAGCGAUGCAAGGACAUACAGAGAUCUUAAGACAUUUAGUAUGGUUGAAAGCGGAUGUUAAUGCAAGGGAAGGAAAAGCAGGUUACACAGCAUUACAUUACGCAGUUGCAAGGAAAGAUAAAACAAUGUUAGAAUACUUAUUAAAUGAAUGCGAGGAUUUAAAUUUGGAAACAGAAUGCUACAGCAGACGAACAGCGUAUGAAAUAACUAGAGAUCCAGAAGUACGAAGCAUGCUUGUUAAAAAAGGUGCUAAAGCCAUUGAAACAGAUUCAGAGGAAAACAGUAGUGAUGAGGAAGAUAGUGAUAGUGAUAAUAAGAUGUCGUGUUAUGCUGAAUAUACAAAAUCAACGGGAGUUCCAAUAAAUGCCAGUGCCUAAAAUUUUACUAAAGGAAUAUAAAUAUCUAUAUUAUAUUGUGUAUUAUAUACAUGGAAA